AUGGGCUGGUUUUCAAACGAUUCAGACCAGGCUGCGGCAUACGACCAGGUAAACACCAUUUGGCACUGGAGGUUCAAGCCACCGUUUCGGACUGAUCUAAAUUUCCAAGCUGCUUCCUACGAGGCCUCCAAGGCUUACGAGAAUCAUAUCAGGGCCAACGGCCAACCUACGUCGCACGCCGAAGCGAAAGAAAUUUUAGCUGGCUUUACUGGCGCUUUCGUGGACCGCUUGGUCGAAACUAAAGGGCUCGACUACAUUGAUACUGAAGAGGCCAAGAGACACGCCCGCCGAGAAACUGAGCAGGCAUGGAGCAGCGCGGGACAGUAUUAA